AUGCCAUUGCAUCGUGUGUGUGGAGUGUUUGCUUUCCUCAGCUUAUGUCUGAUUUCCAUCACACCACAUUGCCAUGGAGGAAACAUUCUGGUGUUCCCUAUAGAUGGCAGCCAUUGGAUCAAUAUGAAGGUUCUGCUAGAAGAACUUCAUGCCAGAGGACACAGCCUCACUGUGAUCAGGGCUUCCAACAGCUGGUACAUCCCAGAAAAGUCUCCGCUCUACACAUCCAUUACACUGGAAAUCGGUGUAGGCAUGGAGGACUUUUUUGAUGUGUUUCUUCAGGAGCAGAUGAAGGCACUCCGAGAAGAGGAUUCACUACUGACUUUGAAACUCACAAAGGAUUUCCUUUUUAUGAUUUCUGAGGCCCAUUCACUGUGGACUGGUGCUGUCUCUAAAAUCUUUGAAGAUCAUAAUAUGACAAAAACCUUAACAGAUUCCCAAUAUGACCUGGUUCUCACUGAUCCAGCCAUAGGACCAGGUGUUGUGUUGGCCAAAUAUCUCAAACUGCCCGUUGUUCUCAAUGUUCGCUGGAUCCCCAGUGGAGAGGGUCACUUUGUGCUCGCCCCCUCACCACUCUCCUAUAUCCCAGUUCCAGGAUCAGGCUUGACAGACAAAAUGAAUUUCAUCCAGAGGGUCAAGAACAUGCUUUUCUACAGCAUUAUACUGUUCCAGCAGAAAUUUGUAGUUGGCCCAUACUACGAAGCCCUUUGUGACAAGUACAUUGAGGGAGGAUGUGACAUCAUCACCCUUCUUCAGGAGGCUGACAUUUGGCUGUUCAGGUCAGAUUUUGUGUUUGAUUUCCCUCGGCCCACAAUGCCAAAUGUUGUCUACAUAGGAGGAUUCCAGUGCAAACCAGCCCAGCCUCUGCCAGCAGACCUGGAAGACUUUGUUCAGAGUGCUGGGGAGCAUGGAGUGAUCAUCAUGACCCUGGGAACGUUGGUGAACGCUUUGCCCAAGGAUGUUGCAGAUGAAAUUGCUAGCGUUUUUGCCAAGCUCCCCCAGAAGGUGAUAUGGAGGCACAAAGGAGAACGUCCCUCUACGUUGGGCAACAACACUCUAAUAGUGGACUGGAUGCCACAGAAGGACCUCCUGGGCCACCCCCAGACCAGAGUCUUUGUCGCUCACGGAGGAACCAAUGGAGUCCAGGAGGCCAUUUACCACGGGGUCCCUGUGCUUGGCAUCCCUUUGUUCUUUGACCAGUAUGACAACCUUCUACGUUUGCAGGAGAGAGGAGCUGGAAAGAUCCUUCAGCUGGCUGAUGUUAAUGGCAAGACUUUUGAGGAAGGUAUUAAGGAACUUCUCCAUCAAGACAGCUACAGAGAGAACAUUCAAAGAAUGUCACGUUUGCACAGAGAUCAGCCAAUGGCACCCAUGGAUCAGGCUGUGUUCUGGAUAGAAUAUGUGAUGCGUCACAAAGGGGCUCCUCACCUGCGUACAGAGGCUUAUAAGAUGCCCUGGUACUCAUACUACUGUGUAGAUGUGCUGCUCCUCUUGCUGACUGCUGUAACUGUGCUGCUGAUGUCUACUGUGGCUGUUUUUCG